AUGAGGGGGGGGACCCCGACGUUUGCUUUUGUUUUCGGAAAAGGAGAGAUUAUGGUAGCAGCAGUUGAUCAUCACUCCAAAAGGGGGUGCGCGGAAUGGGAAAAGCAUAAUGGGAGAAAGAUUUUUGUCUCAAAGGCAGCGGAGUUGAUGGGCAAGAUUCUGUAUUCUCGACGGGAAGUCGCACUGGUCGUGGGAAUCCUGAGCUGUACCGUGUUGAUCAUAAUAAGGUACUGGUUAAAGUGGGGAACAAAACUGGUUGCUGGAUCCAAUGUUGUUUCUCUGUAUGCUCUUCUGGAUUUGGGGAACCUGACUGCCGGGACUCAUGGGAGGAGCUCUGCCCCUGCCAACAUUUGUCCGAACCCCAACUUUCCAUAUGACGCAAAAUAUUCAGACUGGUCUACGUGGUCUGGUGAUGAAGCUGCAUGGUGGGCUAAGAGAGCUAUGUGUGCGGCCGCUUGUAGUCCUGCUGGCGAUCGUUAUGUGACUGUGUACCGUGUCGGACCUACUGGUGUGAAGACGGUCUUUGCUGACAUAUAG